AUGACACAAUUAAAGUAUUUGAUAUUAGUUUCUAGACAAGGAAAAAUUAGAUUAAAGAAGUGGUACACGGCGAUGUCCGCUAGUGAGAAGGCGAAGAUAGUGAAAGAUUUGACACCUACGAUUUUGGCAAGGAAGCCCAAGAUGUGUAACAUAAUCGAGUACAGUGACCACAAAGUGGUAUACAAGCGAUAUGCCAGUUUAUUUUUCAUUGUUGGAGUAACUUCUGAUGUUGACAAUGAACUGCUAACACUGGAAGUCAUCCAUCGGUUUGUCGAAACAAUGGACACGUAUUUCGGCAAUGUCUGCGAGUUGGAUAUCAUAUUCAACUUCAAUAAGGUUUACGAUAUCUUAAAUGAGAUGAUUAUGUGCGAUGGGUCCAUCGCAGAAAGCAGCAGGAAGGAAGUACUGCAUCAUGUCACCGUGAUGGAUACCAUGGAGAGCAACGAUAACUUAGAAAGGGUACUGAGUUAG